CAGGGUCCCCCCCUCUCCAAGUGCGGUCCCUCAUGGGCGGCUGGUCUAGCAGUGCUGUGCUGGGGCUGUACCGGGCGCUGCUCCGUGCAGGGCGUCACCUUCAGUACACAGACCGCAACUACUACCGCCGCGCUGUGGCCCGAUGGCAGGAGUGAACGGAGACCGUAAAGGGAAGAAAGAUGACAAUGGCAUCGGUACAGCCAUCGACUUCAUGCUUUCCAACGCGAAGCUUGUUCUGGGCGUCGGUGGAGCAGCCAUGCUUGGCAUCGCAACGCUGGCUGUCAAAAGAAUGUACGACCGUGCCAUCAGCGCUCCAACCAGUCCCACCAAGAUGGAGCAGAAAGGAAAGCGAAGCUGGGAGGAGCCCGUCUGGGUGGGUUCUUCACCUCGGGUUCUGAACCAUGACAUGAAGGCCACUGUUAGCAGGUCACUCCAGUCCCUGCCCACCUCCUCAAAUUCAAUGGAAUCAGACUGUCUGCGGAGGGCUAUGAGUCGAGCUGCUGUCAAAGACAGUGGCCCCACUCAGUCCGACCUGCUGCGUGCUCGGAUGCGUCUGUCCUUGCAGGAGCGCCUGUGGGAGUUCUACCAGAACAACGUAGACAUUCCCACGGAGGAGCAGGCUCUGGCCCGUAGGGCGGCGCUGGACAUCUGUGCUGAGCUGCGAGUGUUUCUCCACGCCAAACUGCCCGACAUGCCUCUCAGAGAGAUGUACCUAAGCGGCAGCCUCUACGAUGAUCUACAGGUGGUGAUGGCAGACCAUGCCCAGCUAAUGGUGCCUCUAAUUCUGGAUAAAAACCUGUGGUCGUUCAUACCGGGAGAGGACACCAUCAUGAACGUCCCAGGUUUCUGGCUAGUCCGCAGAGAGAAUUUAGAAUAUUUCCCACGUAACAGCAGCUACUGGGACCGCUGCAUGGUCGGAGGAUACCUGUCUCCUAAGUCAGUCCUGGACGUGUUUGACAAGAUGGUGGGUUCUAUCAACUGGCCGGCUAUAGGCAGCGUCCUGGACUACGUCAUCCGUCCCGUGGUCCCUUCGGAGACGCUCACCCUGGAGGUUCAGUACGAGCACGACCGAAAGCUUUCCGUGGACUUUCUCCCGUUACUCGUAAUGGAGGACGGAACCUCGCUGAUAGCUAAACCGCAUCGGCUGGCCGCCGAGCGCCACCAGAACCUGUGGCGGCAGAGCUUCCGCGUGGCCGAGACGGCACGGCUCAGAGCCUUGGAUCAAGAAGACGGAGGCUACCGGUGCGCGUGUCUCAAGGUGGCUAAGGCGGUGUGCAAGCUCAACCCUGCCCUCAACCGGCUCAACGCCAGCCAGCUCACCAACACCAUCUUGCUGCUGAGCGAGAAGCAAAGUGACUGGACCCACGAGGCGCUGGCGGACAACUUCCUUCAGCUGCUGAAGGAGCUGGUGGGUCAUUUGGAGGCGGGCCAACUGCCCUGCGCCCUCAACCCAAAGGUUAACUUGUUCUGUGAGCUGACUGAACAGGAAGUGGACGAGCUGGGAUACAUGCUGUACUGUACCCUCUCAGACCCCGAAUCACUUCUGAGGACUGCGGCCACGCAUCUGCCGCAUCCAUCAACGUGUCCAGGAGAUCUGAUGGACUCUCGACGGUAAGCUAGUGUUGAUCCAAAUAUUUUUUGAACCUCAGACGCAAGCAAAGCAAAAGGUGAUAGUCGUGCACUCUUGCGUUGUCGAUAAAGUGGUAGUUUGGUGCAUCACCUGUAAUCAAAUCAACAACCAUGUUACUCUUUUAAACCGCUCUGUCAGACACCCAGACAUGUUUCGUGCAUUUUAUGGUAGCCAUGGUUACGCUGUGUCAAGACCUAGAAUGUAAUGUUGAUUGUCUGUACACAAAAGCCAAUAAAAUGCUAAUAAAUAAAA